AUGAAGUUUCCGCUGCGUUCCACAAACGCGCUCAGCAGACCGGUCUUCAACUUUUCCCACAUAUACACCAACCUAGGGGCGCUCUCAGAAAUCACGAGACUGCGGAACGUGAAGGUUGAUUUGGAUCUGUUUGCCCAUAACUACGAAAAAUGGUCGGAGCUCAGACAGUCGUUUACGGAACUCCGCAAACUGCAGACGGCUGAGUCAAAGCAAAAGAAUGAGGCCAGUUUGGCCAAACUGAGACUUCUGAAGCCCCAAUUGAAGGAACUGAAGGACAAGAUCAGUGAGCUGGAAGACUCCAUGCUAUUGGCAGCUGAGUCCCUGCCAAAUGCGAUAUCGCCCAACGUGGGAUCUGAGGCUCAAUUAGUAAAGACUAUCAAUCCAGAUUUCAAGCUGGACCACUCCGAAAACAGAGAUCACAAGGCCAUAAUGGAAAGACUCGGUUUGGUGGACUUCGCUAACGCUUCGAGAGUAACGGGCAAUUCUUGGUACUACCUGAUGGGAGAUGCGGCCAGAUUGGAACAGGCUCUCAUACAAUAUGCUCUGGACAAGGCCAGAACAUAUGGGUUCAAGUUGGUAUCGCCUCCUUCAAUAGUUAAGGACGAGAUUUCGUUUGCGUGUGGUUUCAAGCCCAGAGACCAGAAUGGCGAGACACAAGUUUAUCAAUUACCAGAUGAGCUAAGCUUGACCGGAACUGCGGAAAUACCGAUUGCAGGAUUAAAGUCCAACCAAAUACUUACGGAUUUGCCGCACAGGAUUUGUGGUGUCUCCAGAUCUUUCAGGGCAGAAGCAGGAGCCAGAGGGAGAGACACCCGAGGAUUGUACAGAGUUCAUGAGUUCAAUAAGGUGGAGCUGUUUAUCUGGUGUGAGAAUGAUUUGGAAAAGUCCGAGGCGGAAUUCGAGAAGCUUGUGCAAUUCCAAAUGGAGUUUGUGGAAUCGUUGGGUCUGCAUGCUAUGGUUUUGAACAUGCCAUAUGAUGAUUUGGGAGCCCCAGCUUAUUGCAAGUACGAUAUCGAGUGUUGGAUGCCUGGUAGAAAUGCGUUUGGUGAAGUGACGUCAAGUUCGAUCUGUUUGGACUACCAGGCCACAAGACUCAGCACCACUUACAGAGAUUCGAAUAAUAAGGUCAGGUUCGUCCAUACGCUCAAUGGCACUGCCUGUGCAGUCCCCAGGGUAAUCCUGGCCAUCGUGGAAAACUUUUGGGAUGAGGCCACGGACUCGAUAUUAGUACCUAAGGUAUUGAGGCCCUACAUGGGUGGACAGGAGAGAAUCGUGAAACAAUAG